GAAACAAAAGAAGAGAAGUCUUCCUAUACCUGUCCUCUGUGUGAAAAGAUUUGCACUACACAGCACCAGCUAACUAUGCACAUUCGUCAGCAUAACACUGACACUGGAGGGACAGACCAUUCCUGCAGCAUCUGUGGAAAGUCUCUGAGCUCAGCGAGCUCCCUUGAUCGCCACAUGCUGGUGCACUCAGGUGAAAGGCCUUAUAAAUGUUCAGUAUGUGGACAGUCCUUCACCACCAAUGGAAACAUGCACAGGCACAUGAAGAUUCAUGAGAAGGAUCCGAACAGCACAGCGAGCACCACUCCCCCCUCGCCGCUGAAGCGCAGGCGAUUGUCUUCGAAACGCAAGUUCAGUCACGAUGCUGAGCUGGACAGAGAGGAGAGGACACCCGCAAAAAAGGUUCUCGAGGAUGGCCAUUCUGGUGAAGGGGAUAAGAGGGCUGACGAUGAAGUUUAUCAUUGUCCAGUGUGUUUCAAAGACUUUGUUUGCAAAUAUGGGCUGGAGUCCCACAUGGAGACACAUCCAGAUAAUUCAUUGAGGUAA